CUUUUCUACGGCCCCCACCCUCCAUUCAACUCUUCGAAUUGAACAACAACGCCAUAUUCUCUCCAGCCUACAACUACCCAAAAUGACACGAACAUACGCCCCGCCACCGUCUCCGCCGUCCGCUAGCUCUAUAAUGCGGCGCCAAGUUCUCUCUAUCGCUGUCGCAAUUCUCCUCUGGACUGCCGCUAUCCCUUUCACACCAAUCUCCUGGCUAAUUGGAGAAAUCGAAGGUGCAUUCCUAAUCGACCGCUUCAUCGCCGGUAUCGCACUCCUAUGCGCUUUAUACUUCCAAUUCGCGAUUGCCGGUCGCACGCACCCGAUAGCCAUCUCACUACCGAAUCCGGUAGCCCAAGGAUCUGAUUCUUACGUCUCGAAUGGCCGGAUGGGCGGAGCGCAAGCUAGACAAGACUCUUCUAAGAAUUCGGAUGUGGCAUUUUUUUACCAUCCCAAAGACUACUAUUUCUACAUCGUUAUUGAAAUUGGUGCUCUUUGCGUAGCGGAAUGGGGAGGAAAGUAUGUGAUGUUGCCGGGCAUGGAGUAUGUCCGAAGAGCGAUUGUUUUAGGAGUCGUAGGGAUUUUGUGGGCCGUGGGUUGGGCGGUUACGCCAAGGAGUAGAAAACAGUGGGCUUGGGGUCAUAUUAAGACAUUUUGGUUUGUAAUGGUGUUAGAUUUGAUUCGGGAUGUAGGGUUUGGUGGCGGGGCGAGAAGGAGGAGGUGGGCCAGGUAGGAGACAAUUAGAAUGAUGAACGCUUAAGGGAUCGGGCAAAUAUUUAACGACUCUUCACGAGCAUAAUCCAGGCUCAAAGUCCUUGUGCGCGGCGGAGUGAGCUUUUGAGGCGGAAUAGGAAAAGUGCGGAAGGGAUUCCCAGAGUGUUAACAGGCCUAGAGCUCAGGUUACCGAGGAAGUUUGUUUUCUAACUCUUGGGUGUUCAUUUUGAAUCACUGAGCUCAACUGCAUAGGCUUACCCAUGCAUUUUGCGAUUCUCGCAAACAGAGUUGAAUCAUGC